AUACCUAUGCCGUAAUAAGCACGUAAUUUUUUCGCGUAAUUCACUAAAAGCUCUCAAAUCUGUCAUAUUUGUUCAAAUUUAUAUCCAAGAAAUAAUGAAAAUGAAAAUAGACUAAUGAGUGUACUAUAGAGAAAAUAUUUAUAUUUCACAGAUUUUGCUUUGCGAGUUUGCGGUAUUUUUAACUUUUUUCAUAGUUUUCAAAGGGAAUUUAAUAAGUUAGUUCCAAAACAAUACAGACAGGUUUUCUUACAAUAAUAAACUAUUAUGAGCCACUCAAGCUCUACAAAUCUACCAAAAGCAGAUUUUUCUGUUCGUAUAGCUGUUUGUGAUCAUUAUCUGACUAGACCUGAUCCAAACCUUGACGUUAUUUAUUCAGACUUCAGAGGAGCUGACAUAAAACAGGUUCCGAUUCUGAGGAUAUUUGGUCCUGCAUCAGAUGGUUAUAAAGCAUGUAUUCAUGUGCAUGGUGUGUUCCCAUACUUCUAUGUACCAUGCCCAUCAACAAAUCCUGAACCUCAGUUACUCUAUCAGAUUGCGGCCAGCUUGGAUAAAGCUUUAAACAUUGCAUUAAAACAGGCAACAUCAACAAACCAACAUGUAUACAGAAUAUCAAUGGUUAAAGGAUUACCAUUUUAUGGAUUCCAUGACAAAAACCAUUUAUAUCUCAAGAUUUUUUUGUACAGUCCUAAUUUGAUUAAACAAGCUGUUGAACUCUGUAGUAAUGGAGCUAUACUUGGACAUGUGUUACAACCACAUGAGUCCCAUCUUAACUUCACUCUCCAAUUUUUUAUUGAUUUCAAUCUUUUUGGUAUGAGCUAUAUUGAUUUACAAAAUGUAAAAUUUCGUAAAUCAGGAUUAUCACAAAGUAGUAAUGAACCAGUACAGAGUGUUGAUGAUGGGUCUUUGAAACCUGAAAGCAUAUGUUUUUAUGAAGCAGACUGUGUUGCUUCUCAUAUUAUUAACAGACAAAGAAUAGGUAAAGGAGAUGGAAUAGAAAAUCCUGGACUUGAAGAAGUAUGGAAUCAAGAGAAUGAAAGACGAAAACAAUUAAAUAUAUCUAUAGCCUCAAAAUCUUUGUCUCAAGCCAGAAUUGGCUCAGACGAGACUGAAUCACACUAUAAAUACCAGCAAAUGUGUUUAAUUAAAAUGACUGGUGAUAUAGAUAAACCUGUGCAAACUGAGCAUGAAGUUCAUACAGAAUCAGAAAAAAUAUAUUAUCCAGCUGAAAGUUUAGAAGGUUCACAAUUUAUCGAUGCAGUGGAUGUGAGUAUACAUUUACCUCAGAACCAGGUUGCUAUUAGUUUUAAUGAGACUUUAAGGGGAAGCUUGGAUGAAACUCUCACAGUAGACUUGGAUGAAACCAUUGUUGAUGAAGAUGUUGCUUUGAAUUGUAGUUUGCAUUAUAGUCAGGUAUUAUUAAACAAUGAAGAUUUAGAUCUAGUAGACAUGUUACAAGAUAUGGAUGAUAAUGUGAAGGAUGAAGACAGUGUGAUACAAACUCCAGCAGAAUCUAACAAAGAUGUAGAGGCUGAAUUAGAUGAUUUUGAAUAUUCACAAAUAUUUGAUGAAGAAGCUGUACUUACACAAUUAUUUAAAAACAGUGAUACUAGUGAAGAAAAUUCAACUGAAUGGAAUGAUUCAUUUUGGGAUGGUGCAGAUAUUCCACAACUUGAUGGAACAUGCGAUGAUGAUCAUGUUAAAAAAGUAAGAAAAAGAAAAAUGAGAUCAAUGAAACUUGGAUUAUCACGCCCUAAGAAAAAUCGUGACAAAAAUGAUCAUAAAGGAAAUCCUUCCUUAGAUGUGAAUGAUAUAGCGGAGAUUAAUGAUUCACAGGAACCUGUACAUAAUAUAUGUAGUGUGCAUCUUAAACAAUCAAUAAAAUCAGAACUUGAAACCAAGUUAGAAAAUUCUGAAGUGGAUGCUAAAGAGGAAGAUGUUAAAUAUAAAAUAGAAACUGGAUCUAUUGCAGAACUUGUUAACAAAAUAUCAAUAAAACAAGAAGCUGCUGAUUUUUAUGACAUGCAAAAUAAUUUUAUACCUGCAGCUGGAUCCUCAUCAGUGCAAAAUAUUAAAGAUAUCUCUGUUAAUAAAUCUUUCGAAUCCUCUCCUGAUGACAAUAAUGUCGGAUUUAUAAGUUUUUAUGACACUUCAAAAUUUUUUGAUGUGUCCGAAGAAAGUAUUAAUAUAUCUGUUGAAAAUGUUAUAAAAAAGCAUAAUGAAAUAAUUUCCGAUCGUUAUGAUAUUAAGGGAUAUUCUAGAACAAGUGAAUCGAAAGAUAAUAAUUGUAUUAUAUUGACCCCAAAAAUAAGACCACCUACAAUGAAACAUGUUGUGUCUAGUCUUGAAAAGUAUAGCAUUCCUAAAGUAAAACAUCCUCAACCAUACUACUCAGAUCCCAAAGAUGUUGGCGAUAGAGUUGAAAUUGGCCAAAUGAUAAUAAAGUUACAUAGCAAGGUAGCUAGAGACCAGAAACCCUACGAUAGAGUGCUUGAUACUACGAGCAUAGAGGAAUGGCGCCAUAUGUUAUUUUUACAGACGAAUGACAUGUCUGAGGAGUCUUCCAAACCUGAAGCUCUAAAAUUAUUGUUAGCUGGAAAUAAGGCAACUAUAUUAGAACCUUUAAAAACGCCACCAACAAGGAGCCAAGUUAUGAAAUGGAUACAAAACCAAAAACAAGAAGAGCUUAAAAAGCACACAAUUCAAAAUGUUCAUGUAGCUAAAAAUUUGGACGAGAUAGAUAAUUCCCAAAUAAUAGGACUACACGAAGAUACAAUUAAUACUAAUGUUAGCUUAGAGUGUGAUAAGGAAAAGCUGAAUGAAAUCAAUAGUCUCCAAGUGACAAUGCAACCCAAUGGCUCCUUCUUAUGUUUUGGAACCAACGAAACUCAAAGUGAUAGUAUUUUAGAUAGCCCAUCAGUGGAAGUGAAUUUCCUUACUCUGAUGCUCACUGAAGUAUUCACAACUGUAAGAGGUGAUUUACAUCCUGAUCCAUCAGUAGACACUAUACAAGCAAUAUUCAUAAUGGUCACAAAUGAUUGUCCUGCAGACCAUUCACUUGUCAAAUCGACCACAGAAAUAAUAGUCGUUGAUAAUACACCACCACCAAAUUUAUUAGAUAGAUGUAUUUUCAAGGCUAAUAUAACAUAUGUAAAUAGUGAAAAUGAUAUUCUUAAUAAGCUUAUUGAAUUAGUAAAGAAACAUGACCCCGAUAUAAUGUGUGGGUAUGAGAUAGAUAUGAAAUCUUGGGGUUUUAUAUUGGAGAGAGCUCAAGUUUUAGGAAUGGAAAUGGUCAGAGAAAUAUCUAGAAUAACAGCGAAAUACAGGCAAAAACGAUGGAGGAGUGAAGAUAAGGAUUUCGAAGGAAAAAUAAUUGGGAGGAUUACAUUCAAUGUUUGGCGCUUGUUUCGUCAUGAGCUAGCGCUUUCUAGCUACAGUUUUGAGAAUUGUAUGUACCAAGUACUGAAUGAAAGAGUACCCGAGUUUAGCUUUGCUCAAUUAGCGGCGUGGUGGAAUGAAGAAUCUAGGAUACUUAGAUGGAUAACAGUAGAAUAUUAUAUGACGAGAUUGUCUGGUACUGUUCGAAUGUUAGAGAAAUUAGACAUAAUAAACCGCACAUCUGAGCUUGCUCGGCUUUUUGGCCUGCAAUGGUGGGAGGUGCUUUCCCGCGGUUCUCAAUUCCGAGUGGAGUCAUUAAUGUUGCGCGCCGCUCGUCCCUUGAACCUCAUAGCGCUAUCGCCGACAGUCAAACAGAGGGCCAGUAUGCGAGCACCUGAAUGUCUACCACUUAUAUUUGAACCAGAAUCUCGCUUCUACUCUGAUCCUGUUAUUGUACUGGACUUCCAAAGUCUGUACCCUUCGAUGAUGAUUGCUUACAACUAUUGUUUCUCUACUUGCAUCGGCCGUGUUCAGAAUAUAAAUGGUGAUUCCGCUUACGAAUUCGGCGCAUGGCGUUUACGGAUACCGAAAACAAAGCUAGAAACCUUAAUAAAGAACGGCCUAGUGCACUGGUCUCCGGUUGGUGUUGGUUUCGUGAAGACAUCUGUCCGUCGCGGAGUUCUACCAGCACUCUUAAGAAGAAUUCUAGCUGCUAGGCAAGCCGUUAAGAAAAAUAUGAAGGUGCAGACAGAUGAGGCAAUCAAAAAGGCUAUGCAUUCGAGGCAGCUGGGUUUGAAACUAAUAGCAAACGUAACAUAUGGAUAUACAGCGGCUAACUUCAGCGGCCGUAUGCCAUGCGUGGAGGUGGGAGACAGUGUCGUCUCUAAGGGCAGGGAGACCUUAGAACGAGCUAUAAAGCUGGUUCGCGACAAUAAGCAGUGGAAUGCCAAGGUUAUCUAUGGCGAUACGGACUCGAUGUUCGUGCUUGUACCGGGAGGGACGCGUGCUGAGGCGUUCGCGCUCGGACAACAGAUAGCAGACGCUGUCACAGCUGACAACCCGUCACCAGUUGUACUUAAGCUAGAAAAGGUGUACCAACCGUGUAUCUUGCAAACGAAAAAGCGUUACGUGGGAUAUAUGUACGAGAAUCCCGAUCAAGAGAAGCCUGUGUUUGAGGCUAAAGGGAUAGAAACGGUACGCAGGGAUGGAUGUCCAGCCGGUGUCAAACUGCUGCAACAAUCACUAUGCGAGUUGUUCGAUAGCGGCGACAUGUCGCGUGUGAAGAGUAUCGUGGUAUCGACACUGUCGCGGCUGGCGAGCGGCACGCUGCCACUACACGAGUUGUUCUUCACCCGGGAGUACCACGGGCAGGCCGGCUACAGGCCCGGGGCCACCGCGCCGCCAAAUGAGAUCGCUAAGCGCGUGGCGGCGUCGGAUCCGCGUGCGGUUCCUCCGCGCGGAUGGCGCGUGUCGUGGGCGGUGACGGGCGGCGCCCCCGACGAGCCGCUGUGGCGGAGCGCCCGCAGCCCCCGCGACCUGCGGCGGCGGCCCGCGCCCGCCCGCACCGCGUACUACGCCGCGCGCGUGCUGCUGCCGCCGCUGCACCGCUGCCUCUCGCUGCUCGGCGUCGACGUCUUCAAGUGGUGGGCAGAACUAGGGUACAGCCGGGUGGCACAGGCUAGCAGACGAGUGGCCCCCGACGGUAUCGCACGCUACAUGUGGCGGCGGCGAUGUGCGGUGUGCGGUGCGCGCGCCGCACGUGCUCUGUGCUCGAUGUGUGCGCACUCGGGCCCCGGGGGACCCACCUCCGCUGCGCUCGCAGCGCGUCUGGCCACCGCGCAUGCGCAUCUACACUAUUGCACAUUGAUAUGCAAUUCUUGUUGCGGUCACUCUCAGUCCUUCCACUGCGAGAACACUGAGUGUCCUGUGUUGUGGCGACGAUUGACUGCACAAGAAAAAUUCGCGGAUAUAAAGGAUGUGGUCACACACUUACCAUCUCAGUUCAACAAUGGAAGUUUAGAUUUUUGAUCUAGUGAGGUCUUAAUAUUAACUUUUCCACUACAAAUUAGUAUUUUUUAAGAACAAUGGAGAUAGUUUAUUACUGUCCUAAAGUGUCAAAAUAAGAAUCAUGUCAAAAAUAAUUGAGACAAGCUAUAGACACACUUUUACUUACUGAUAACAUUGCAAGACAAAACUAAAUAUGUAUGUAUUGCUUUUAGAAGUUUAACAUUUUAUAUAAUUAUGUUGAAUAUGAAGUAUUGCCUUUUCUCAGCAUAUAAUCUGUGGUAAUUUC